AUGGCGCAACCUCCCCUCCAAGCCCGAGACAUCGAAAUAGAUCACAGUGCCGGCUCUUCAAGCGACUUUGACACCAUCGGGAGUGAUCUGACCUCUUUGUCCGAAUCAGUCUACUCUUAUGUUUAUGAAAAUGGUCGCACAUAUCAUUCUUACAGAUCGGGAUCAUAUAUACUACCCAACGAUGAACGAGAGCAAGUGUACUCGAUAUCGGCACUGGAACAGGUAUUUGGGCUAUCGAAUGUCAGUGAUGGAUGCAAUCCCUCAUCUCAUUUUGGAACCAUAGCAUCUCACUCAUCACAGUGGCGGAUCAGUUCCCAUCAGCAGAAGUGGGUCCCUCCAAACUUACGUUUUGUCCUCGAUGAUGUGAAUCAAGAAUGGAUGUUCCCUUCUGAGUCAUUUGACUUUAUUCAUGUACGAGGUCUAGCAGGCAGUGUAGAGCACUGGCCAACAUUUCUCCAGCAAUGUAACGUGUGA